AUGGUUAUCGCGACGAACACUCAAGUUAUCCCCUCACUCCCUAUUCAACCUCGAUACUCUUCUUUCGCAUUUGUUUCUACCACUCUCCCAUUCUCUCUCUUUCGUUAUCGAUCUCUUUCUUAUUCCCUCAAAUUCCGACUCUCCUCCUUCAAGUCCCCAACCUCAACUCUCCAUGCCUUCUCCGAUGCCGAGGAAGACGACGAAGAAGACGAUGAUGAAGAAGAAGAAGAUGAUGAUGAUUAUGAAGACGAAGACGUUGCCGCAGAUGAAUAUGACGAAGUAUCCGGCGACGUUUCCGACGAAGGUGAGACUUUCCAGGUCGAUGCAUUGGUUCGUCACGACGGAUUCAAGUGGCAUAGAGUCGAGAAGCUCUGCAACGAAGUCAGGGAGUUCGGCGCCGAAAUCAUCGACGCCGACGAGCUCGCCUCCGUUUACGAUUUCCGGAUCGACAAGUUUCAGCGGCUUGCGAUAGAAGCUUUUCUGAGAAGUUCGUCGGUGGUGGUUUCUGCUCCGACGAGUAGCGGGAAGACUUUGAUUGCGGAAGCCGCUGCGGUGGCCACGGUAGCUAGGGGACGGCGAAUAUUCUACACGACUCCACUCAAGGCGUUGUCCAAUCAGAAGUUUCGCGAAUUCCGGGAGACUUUUGGCGAUAGUAAUGUUGGCCUUCUUACUGGUGAUUCCGCCGUCAACAAGGAUGCUCAGGUUUUGAUUAUGACCACGGAGAUAUUACGCAACAUGUUGUAUCAGAGUGUUGGUAAUGUUUCUUCUGGAAGUGGACUUCUCCAUGUUGAUGUGAUUGUUUUGGAUGAAGUUCAUUACCUUAGUGACAUAUCUCGCGGUACAGUUUGGGAAGAGAUUGUUAUUUAUUGCCCAAAAGAAGUUCUACUUAUUUGUCUGUCAGCAACUGUUGCAAAUCCAGAUGAGUUGGCUGGUUGGAUUGGUCAGAUUCAUGGUAAAACAGAGUUGGUCACAUCAUCAAAACGCCCAGUUCCGCUAACUUGGUAUUUCUCUUUGAAGAAUUCCUUAUUACCCCUUCUUGAUGAGAAAGGAACACGCAUGAACAGGCAGCUGUCACUCAAUUAUUUACAACUUCAAGCUGCGGGAGCUAAACCUUACAAGGAUGAUUGGCCUAGAAGAAGGAAUUCACGAAAACGAGGAACUUACAUGAGUUAUGAUAAUGAUAGUAGCAUGUUUGAACAACGUUCUCUUUCAAAGAAUAACAUCAAUGCAAUUCGUCGUUCACAAGUUCCUCAAGUAAUAGAUACGUUAUGGCACCUUCAGUCUAGGGAUAUGCUGCCAGCUAUUUGGUUUAUUUUUAGCAGGAAGGGUUGUGAUGCGGCUGUGCAAUAUCUUGAAGAUUGCAAACUUUUAGAUGAGUGUGAAACAAGUGAGGUUGAACUGGCCUUGAAGAGGUUCCGCAUUCAGUAUCCUGAUGCUGUCAGAGAAACAGCUGUGAGAGGACUUCUGCAAGGGGCUGCUGCACAUCAUGCUGGAUGUCUACCUUUGUGGAAGGCAUUCAUAGAAGAAUUGUUUCAAAGAGGACUUGUUAAGGUUGUUUUUGCUACGGAAACCCUGGCUGCUGGAAUCAAUAUGCCUGCUAGAACAGCUGUUAUUUCAUCCCUCAGCAAAAGAAGUGAUAAUGGACGUGCCCAAUUAAGCUCAAAUGAACUGCUUCAAAUGGCUGGGCGUGCUGGACGCAGAGGCAUCGAUGAAAGUGGUCAUGUAGUCCUCAUCCAAACUCCAAAUGAAGGAGCUGAAGAGUGCUGCAAGGUACUGUUUGCUGGACUUGAGCCUCUAGUGUCACAGUUUUCUGCUUCAUAUGGAAUGGUUUUAAAUCUUAUUGCUGGUGCGAAAGCCAUUCAUAGGUCAACUGAAUCAGUUGACAUGAGACCUUCCUCAGGGAAAAGUUUUGAGGAAGCUAGGAAGUUAGUUGAGCAGAGUUUUGGAAAUUAUGUCAGUAGCAAUGUUAUGCUGGCUUCUAAAGAGGAACUUAAUAAAAUUGAGAAAGAAAUUGAGUUGCUGAUGUCAGAAAUCACCGAUGAAGCCAUAGAUAGAAAAAGCAAGAAAGCUUUAUCACAGCGACAAUAUAAGGAGAUUGCAGAAUUACAGGAAGAUUUAAGGGCAGAAAAACGGGUUCGGACUGAAUUGCGGAAACAGAUGGAAGCAAAGAGAAUAUCUGCCCUGAAGCCUUUAUUGGAAGAGCCCGAAAGUGGACAUUUACCAUUUUUGUGCUUGCAAUAUAUAGAUUCUGAAGGAGUUAAACAUUCAAUUCCUGCUGUGUUUUUAGGGAAGGUUGACUCCCUUAAUGCUUCAAAACUCGAGAACAUGAUUUCUUCUGUCGAUUCUUUUGCCUUAAAUUUAGCAGAUGCAGAGCCAAGUGUUGCUGAUUCUGAAUUGAGGGAAGAUCUUGAACCGUCAUAUCAUGUGGCUCUUGGUUCAGAUAAUUCUUGGUACCUAUUUACAGAAAAGUGGAUUAAAACAGUUUAUGGGACUGGCUUUCCUAAUGUUCCAUUGGCUGAAGGGGAUACUCGACCUCGAGAAAUUAUGAGUAUUCUCCUUGAUAAGGAGGACAUGAAGUGGGAUAAGCUUGCUCACUCUGAACAUGGUGGUUUAUGGUUCAUGGAAGGAUCUCUAGAAACAUGGACUUGGAGUUUGAAUGUUCCUGUUUUGAGUAGCUUCUCUGAAAAUGAUGAGCUACUACUGAAGUCUCAAGCCUACAAAGAUGCCAUUGAACAUUACAAAGAUCAAAGAAAUAAAGUUUCACGCUUGAAGAAAAAGAUAGCUCGUACUGAAGGCUAUAGAGAAUAUAAUAAAAUCAUAGACGCGGUUAAGUUUACUGAGGAGAAAAUCAAGCGCCUGAAGACUAGAUCUAAACGUUUGAUUAAUCGGAUAGAACAAAUUGAACCCUCAGGUUGGAAGGAGUUUAUGCAGGUUAGCAAUGUUAUACAUGAAACCAGAGCUUUAGAUAUUAAUACACAUAUCUUAUUUCCGCUUGGCCAAACCGCAGCUGCAAUUCGAGGAGAAAAUGAACUAUGGCUUGCCAUGGUUCUUCGCAAUAAAAUUUUACUAGAACUUAAGCCCGCACAACUUGCUGCAGUGUGUGCAAGUUUGGUUUCCGAGGGCAUCAAAGUCCGACCCUGGAAAAACAACAGUUAUAUUUAUGAGCCAUCUGCAACAGUAGUCAAUUUCAUAAGGUUAUUGGAUGAGCAAAGAAGCACCCUGUUGGCAAUUCAGGAGAAACAUGGGGUAACAAUAUCUUGCUGUUUGGAUAGCCAGUUUUGUGGCAUGGUUGAGGCCUGGGCUUCUGGGUUGACUUGGAGAGAAAUAAUGAUGGAUUGUGCAAUGGAUGAUGGUGAUCUUGCUCGCCUCCUUCGAAGGACCAUUGAUCUUUUAGCUCAGAUUCCAAAAUUGCCAGAUAUUGAUCCAUUGUUGAAGCGCAAUGCAAAGGCUGCUUCUGAUAUCAUGGAUCGGCCUCCCAUAAGUGAACUUGCUGGAUAGUUAGUCUCUCUCCCUGUUUGUGUGAUCCAAUUGUAAAUAUUGUAUGAUUCAAUGAUUAAUUUCCAACAAUGAUAUUUAUGAUAUCAUUUGUUAUUAUUAUUAUUUUCACGAA